AUGGAUAAAGGUUUGAACCAUCUCACUGUGGAUUGCCCUUUUAUUGAGAAGCACUAUGCUGAUUUAUCUGCAAAACCCUUCUUCAAUAAGCUUGUCGAUUACAUUAUCUUAGACUUUUUCGUUGGAAUGGCAUGGAAGGGUAAGAAUGCGGUGAUUACUACCAAGAAGAUUUUUGGAGAUGUCAGCUCUGCUGAGUUUUCUAUUGUGAUUAUGCCACUAACAUUGACAUUUAUGAGUGCAAAGAAUGAGAUUGCUAUUUGGUUCCCAGAAGGAAUUGCAAAAUGGAAAAGCAGCAUUCACUCUUGGAUCAACGAGUGA